AGGUAGGCUGAUUCUGAUAGGGCUGGACAUCCUGCCAUAAUGUGUUCAAUCGACUCGCCCACAUUUCCACAUUUUCGGCAUUUGUCGACAACAUUGAGUUUCAGGAUAUGCUUCUCGUAAUUUUUUGUCCUGAUUACUCUGUCCUGUAUUGCUGUAACAAAGCCUUCUGUUUCAGGGUAGAGAUGACCUGCUUUGAGCCAUGUUAAGGAAGCAGCCUUGUCGAUGUUGUCCCCAUGUAAUGAAGCCGGAAAUUUUCCGUGGAGUGUUUUUUCUUCCCAUUGGCGAAUCUCAUGCCCUACGUCGUCCAAACCGAUAUUGACAUCAGCAUUGUUUUUUUGGUGUCCAUGUAAUCGACGUAGAUCCAUUUAUGCAACAUUUUGGACCCUUGUGAUUGUUGUUUUCAUAGCUACACCUUUAUUCUUGAUGUUACAGAGAACUAUCGCAACAUGUGUUUAUCAUCCACUUGUUCAGGGCACCACUAAACAAGCUUUGACUGCUAGACUUGACCCAAUUCAGACCGCCACAGUCACACUAGGAGACGUAGAAGAGUUGACUCAAACAUUGGAGCGCAUGUUAAAUAUAACAACAAACAACACAAGACAAGCCCAUAACAGAAAGUGCAUUAACAUUUGGUUCCCUUGUAAAUACGACAACUGUUCUAGCGAGAUAAGUAACAACGUAGAAGAACGCAUAUGGGACAUACUAUCACCGAGAUUUCGGUUGUCAAAACAACAAACGUCCAUCAUCAAAGUGUUUUCUCAAUCAAUACCUUCAAGUGACACCAUUUUACUAUCAGCAGCUUCAAGUAAUCAUUUUAAUGAAUUCCAAGCCAUGGUUCAAAAUCUUCAUACAGUGGUCUAUCCAGUGCUUUCUAAUGUAACUUAUGUUUUUCUGGACCUUGGAUUAACAAUUAAGCAGCGAAAUUUGACUGAAAAAGCCUGUCGAUGUCAUGUUAUUAGCUUUCCAUUUCAUCUUUUUCCAUCCUGGUUUAAACAACUUUUUUUCUUUCACUGGAAGCCGAUAUUCAUACUUGCAGCUAUGAUGAGGGCGAACAAACUCGUCAUUUAUCAAGAUUCCUCUAUUAAUUGGAAAGCUGGUGUGACUGAGUUAUUAGAAAGAGCAGACCAAUUGCAUCUUCAGCUUUUUGUACCCAAUUAUUUUCAUAAUAUUCCAGUAGCAACUUUAAAAGGGAUGUUUGACUUCAUGGGAGAACAGCCGUGUACAUAUCUACCAUUUUCACAAGUUCCUGCAAAUUUCGCCAUUUUUAAACAUACUCAGUUUGUCAUCAAAGCUAUUCUUCAACCUUGGGCGAAAUGUGCAUUUGAAAGAGAUUGUCUAAUUCCAAAUGCAGUUGUCUCAGAUAGAAACUGCAGUAAGGUUCACAAUGGACUACAUUCUUGUCAUAGGUUCGAUCAAUCAGCUUAUUCCAUCUUACUGACCAAACUCUUCAGUACAGAAAGAUACAAGUACCACAUGCCAGACACACAGAAGGAAUCUGAAGGAAAAUAUGUGACAGUAGAUAGAGCAAGGAAAAACACAGAUUAUUUCAGACAAAUUUUACAAUAAAACAAAAUCUAUAUAUAUAAUUCUUUUCUUCCUUCAAGAGUUUGUCGAGUAGUAAGAAGUAUUUCUGUCCACGAGAAAACAAGAGUAGUAUUUACACUACGGAUGACUGACUGCGCGCUUGACUGUCGUUUAAAUGUAUCAAACCCUGC